CGCUGGUUGGCAAACGCAAGUUUCCCUUUCAAAGGCAAAAUUGACUUUCUUGCGAACGCCCACAAAGAACACAAGCAAACAAGCAACAAGCAAGGAGCAGCAAGAAGAGAAGAGCAGGAAGAAGAGGACGCGCAAACCAACCAGCCAGCCAUCAUGUCAUCGGCUGAGGAGAUUUCCCUCAAUGUGGAGGAGAGCAAUGCUCUUCGUGCCAAGCUCGGUCUCGCUCCACUGCGUGGCGAUGAUGAGCCAAGAGAGGCAAAGCCAGGGCAGAGCUCCAUGGAGACGGACGUGCUCCUAGCGCCAGUUGUACCUGGAGAGAAGCAGCGCGAGGCCGAGUUGCGCGACAAGCUGAAGGAGCGCAAGGAGAAGCGGUCGGUGGAGGCCAAGCUGCGAUCUGUCAAGACGCUGGGCGAGGCCGACGACGACGAUGACAGCGCGGCGGCGUGGGUGAAACGCAGCCGUGCCAAGAAACAGGCGCAGCGGCAGGCAAAGAUGCUCCAGGAUAUGGAUGAGCAGCUCACUGGAAGCUCAAGCGCCAGCGCCAGCGCCGGCGGCAGCAGCAGGAAGCGCAAGGGCAGCAAGAACCCAACCAUCAAACAAGAGGAGUACACGUCGACGGAUCUACGCGGCAUGACAGUGCGCCACGACUUGGACCAGUUCCAGGAGGGCGCACAGACCAUCCUCACCCUCGAAGACAGGGGUGUGCUGGAUGACGACGAGGAAGAUGUUCUUGUCAACGUCAACAUUGCCGAGGAUGAGCACGCGAAGCGGCGGGUUGCGGAGGCGCAGCGCAGUGGCGGUUACGAUCCAAAGCGCGGGCUGGACGACGACGACGAAGACACCCUGCUCGGCCUGAAAAAGAAGAGUGUUCUGGACAAAUACGACGACAUUGAUUCGCUCACGGGCGACAAGAAGCUCAAGGAAACAAAAACCUUCAGAAUCGGCUUUGAGGAUGAGAAGAGCAGUGAGGAGCAGCGCAAGGAGGAAGUGCGCCAGCGGCUCCUGCAGGCUGAAUCCCUCGAGUUUAAGCACAACGCUGUGAGCGAUUUCUACACGGAGGAGGAGAUGGAGAAGUUCAAGAAGAAGCGGAAGAAGAGGAAGGCAAAGGGCCGCAAGAAGACACGGCGCGUGCGUGCGGACGACCUGCUUGGCCUUGACGACGAGGAAGAGCAGACUCAACCAGAGGCAGAAGGCGACACAAUGGAGACGGGCGCCGAUGUGUCGCACGCUGUUCGCGAUGAGGAGGAUAUUCUCAACCAAGCAAACGAUGCGGAGCUGGAAGCGGCAGAGCGGGAGCUUGAGGCCGAACUGCAGGCGUCGCUCACACGCGCACGCCGCGCACGCAAGAACGCAUACAAGAAGAAAGACGUCACGGAGCUGCUUGAUGCUGCGGUGAAAAAGUCCAAGGAGAACAACAACGGGUCGAGUGCUGGCGGCGGUGUUGUGUUCUCGACGAUGAGCGAAUUUGUGCGCGGCAUUGGCGCCAACAGCAAAGAUGACGACCAGCCCCGCAAGCGAAACAAGCAGGGCUCUUCAUCGUCAGCAACAGCAACAGCAACAGCAGGAGCGACAGAGACGAGCGCUCCGCCCGUACCGGCAGCGCCAGCAUCGUCGUCAUCAUCAGCAUCAUCAGCAGCAGCAGCAGCUAUGGAGACUGGCGAGGACAAGGCUGAAGAGGGUGGUGAUGGCGAUGGCACGGGACGCUACUUCCAGAGCAGUUUCACGACCGACCAGGCCACGACAGAUGCUGAGCACGCGGAGCGCAAGACGGAGGUGGAUGACACGCCUGUGCUUGGCGAGGAAGGCAACGUGGGCUCGAGCGUGACGGCAGCCCUGAACCUUGCCCUGCGCAAGGGCUACCUUGCACAGAAGAAGAAGAAGCAGCAACAGCAGCAAGAGGAAGCGACGGCGUCCCGCCUGGCCGAGCUGACGAGCAAGAACGCACAGCAGGAGGAGCACGGACCCGAGGACGACGACCACGGUCGUGAUUCGCGCAGCUCCCGCGACUGGCGCCGUGACAGCCGACGCGACAGAGACAGGGGGGAUCCGUUUGAGAAGCGCGGGUACCAGCCGAGCUUCCGCUUGUCGUACACGGACAACACGGGCCGGGAGCUGACGCCGAAGGAGGCGUUUACGUACAUGUCGCACCAGUUCCACGGCAAGACCUCUGGGCGCAUGAAGACGGAGAAGAAGCUCCGCAAGCGCCAGCAGGAGGAGGCCUUGCUGAAGAUGAGCUCCGAGGACACGCCGCUGGGCUCUGUGGUUGGCCUGCGCAAGCACCAGGAGCAGACGGGCAAGGCGCACAUUGUUCUCAGCGGCUCCCAGAAGUGACGCAGGAUUAUGUGGUGUGUGUGUGUGUUGCGUGUAUGCGUGUUGUGUGCAUGGUGUGCACGUGUGUGUGUGUGUGUGUUGCGUGUGUGUGUGCGUAUUGUGUGCGUUGGAGACAGAGAAUUGAGGGGCCAACGAGAGAGAUAGUACACAACUCGAAGGAAAUGACAAGAAACGAG